CUCAUCGCUGCACCCGCUUUUGCAUUUCCUCGGUCCUUGUAUUGUAUGGCGAAGAUUUUGCUCAAAAUGAUUUUGGCAUCCCGCCUGGUGCACCGGAUUGCACUUGUUGAUCGGCGGCUGGCCCUGUUCGUUUCUGCGUCAACGAGAGUUUACCCUGUCGCUAGUCGAGGCUCUAGCAGACGUGCUAUACACGUCACUUCUUCUCAAGCUCAGGCUUCUCUUGAGCACUCCUCUGUUCACAACCCUCCCAUUGAUGAUGUUCCCAGCUCGCAGUUACCGCCUCUCAAGGCUGACACACAUUCUGAGUGGCGCCACCCUGUGGCUGGGUUUACAGCUCAAGAGGCCUCUCGAGUCAUUUCUAUCUACACAUCUGUCCAAGCUACAGAGAGUGAUCUGAAAGUCUUGCUUGAACGAGCAGGUCUAUACAGCGCACAAAUCUUCAGAAACUACGAUCUCGAGACGGCCAGACCACAAAACCUUUGUUACAUAAAGUUAGAAGACCAGGAGGGUGUCGAAGCUGCUGUUGCUGCCCUGUCGCGAUUCACCCUACUAGGCCUCUCGCUCGCGCCCAGGAAGUUCGAACUAGAAACGGCACCUCCUGCUUUUUUGCACGCUUUGCACACGGGUUGGUUGCCAUCCCCAUCGAGCGACCUCACGUCUCGGGUCGUCCGGCCUCCAAUGACAGCGCCUCCCAAUUUAUUGGCACCAUUGGCCAACGAGCAGUGGAUUGUUGUCAAGCGCCUUGAGGUAUUGAAUCCAGACUUAAAGUCAAAGAAUAAACCUGCUGUAAAAGCCGCCACGUUCGAUGUGGCGCGCAACUUCUACACCUCGUUCCACAACUACGAUGUCGUAGGCAUCACGAGGCCAUAUAAACAUCCAGUCCAGGGGUGGUGUUGCCGGAUCUUGUUUGGGAUCCCCAAGGAUGCGCGUAAAGCGGCAGCGUUAUGGAGGGAGGCCUACGAGAAGAAGCGCCAAGGAACGGCGAACGUUUAUCGCGGCGGGCCUGACAUACACAAGAAGCUCGUUGCAUAUCAGAAGUCGCUUCCUGAAGACACGCCUGCAGAGCAAAUUCAGCAUCUUCUGGAGAUAGAGUACAGAAAGCUACGUCUCCGCAGGUCGAAUACAGGUCAGCAACGACGACUCGACUACCCGACUCCGGAAUCAGCUGUCGGACUCGAGGAGAACGCAGUCACAUCGACGUAACUACACAGUCAAAUCACCUGCGAAACGUCCCACAAAGUGGCGUU